GAAUUUUUAUCAGCCACGUAUCUGUAUCGAUAAGAUAAUUCGAUUUCUAUAUUUUCAGUAUAAAAUUGGGAAUUUCAUAAGUAAAAUGGACUAAUGAACGUUACAUGUUUUAAUUACUUAAAAUUCAUACUUAUUGGUAUAAUAACACUUCGAGAAACUUGAAAUUGCUUUUAAAUGUAACAAUAAUUACACGUUCCUAUCAUUAACAAGGUUUCAAUUAAAUAAAUUUCUUCUAUUCAUCACAUAUUCUAUGUAUUCGACGAUACGAUUCGAGGCUUUUGUAACGUUUCAUUUAAAUAUCUUGAGUUCUUCUAUUUCAAAAUGUUCUACAAUUAUUUAAAGUUCUACAAUUUCAUUUGCACUCUAUUUGGACAAAGAAGACCAACAGACUUAGUACCGUUGCAAAAGAAAAGCAGUGGAGUUAAAUUUUGUUACAGGAUGUGGUCUAUUGUGAUUGCUAUUAUUAUUAUAGCAAAUGGUGUCGAUAUCGAUGUAAAAAAAUUGUAUAAUCUGAAGACGAAUGAUAAUACAGCUACUAUCAAUGAAAUUAUUGUCAGUCUGAUUGUAAUUCUUAGCAAUACAAAAACAAAAGAUGUGCUUUAUAUUAAUCUGUAUAAUGUUUUCAAUAAAAUCAUAACUGGGUUUAAAAUUGAGACAGACAAAAUCAAGAAAUUUGUGAUAAAAUUACACAUUGGCGUCGUUGCACUUUCUUUAACCUUUAUUGGUUUCAUAAUACUCGAAAUUAUACUAGAUAUGAAUCCUCCCUUCAGACUCUUAAUAAGAAUCCCUUUGUUUCUCUCUAUGAUACAUUUAAUCAUUCAUUUAAGUCUUAUGCUAGCUUUGCUAAAAAUAAUUAAUCAAUACAUGUUUAAAUUAUUUACCAAACCGAAACCGGGAGGCUUAGAUUUUCUAUUUAGUGACGUUAUGAAGAGUAAUCGCCGAUCCAUAUCAAAUUAUUGUGCAAUCUCUUUUCAUGACAGUAAAGAUACAGAGUAUUUCGAUCUUAAAUAUCUUUGUAAGGUAUACGACGAUCUUUGUACGAGUAUGCAAAUUCUACAAAAAAUACAUGGAACAGAGAUUUUGGUCACAGUUUGGUUGAUGUUUUCAAGUGCAGUUUGUGCUGUGGCUCUCAUAUCUGGAGAUACAAGAAAUCACGUAUUGGUUGAGUCGAUAAGAGGUUUGCUAACAUUUUUUUGGUACACGGUUGGAUGUGUUUUGGAUGACCAAAUCAGACAAGAAGUGGAUCGCAUAAAUCUGUUAAUUAUCAAGCAGCAGAUUGACUUCAGCUGUGAUGCAAGAACAAAGGAAAUUCUUGGUGUGUUCAAGCUAGCGAUCACUUCCAACAGUCUCCAGUUCACCUCCUACAACCUGUACCGUCUCAACUACACAACCAUGUUCAGCACUGCUGUGAGUGUCAUCACGUACAGUAUUAUUGUGAUUCAAUUGUUCUAAAGUGCUGUCAGUGGGAUUUUAAAGAAUACUUAAGGCUGAGGACCGAGACAACGGCCUUGAGGAAUCGAGCGGAGCUAGGUUAACUCUCUCGCACAAGAUCGCCAUAGUUUUAAUUCAGAAUUAGAAGCAUUUUUAAUUUAUUACUAACAUGUUUCUUUACAAAUCUAACAAAACUAUGUCAUGUUAAACAGUAUCGGUGUACAAUUUAUAAAUUUUCGUUUAAUUUUUAAGUAGAUUAAACGAUUAGCCAACUGUUACAAAAUGUUAGGGGUAUUUUGGUCAUUUUUUUUGCACUGUCUAUAAAAAUGAAAUGUAGAGAAAAAAUGAAUUUUCUUCUCAUAUUCUGUAGAUAUAUAAUUAUUUUUUGUUAAAAGUAUAAGCUUUAUAUAAACUGUCAAGAAAUGGUUUCAAUUAUGCGCUAUUUUGGCAAUUUCUUGGGAGAGCGACCUUAAGCAUUAAAAUACCCUAAUUGUUAGCGUCAAUUAUAUCAAUCUAUGUAACAGAAUCUUUCAACUUAAUUUUUAUCACCUUCAAGUUUUUAGAUCUACUUGAAACUUUGCACACGUAUCAAGGAUCGAUGAGAAACUAUUGUUUUCAUUACUUUAGUCUUCUAACCAGGAUCACUAGAGUAAAAAAGUUUGACACACAUAGGGAUGCAAUUAAGUAGUUUUACGGCUGUGUUGAGAAUAAAUAAUAUAGUUUCAAUACCUGUUGACUUUAUUUAUAUCAGUAUAGGACCAAAUCGAUCGACUUGAUACCUAGGUAACACUGAAAAGAAAAUGAAAAACGGCUUAAUGUAGAAAGUGGCCAAUACUUUUAUUGUUUUUCGAAAUAAUCUCCGUUCCUCUCUAAACAUCGUCGCAUUUGAUGGAACCACUGAGAAAAGCAGUGGGCCCAUUCUUCCUUAGGGGUCCGUGGGGUCUCUUCUAUGGCAUUUUUGUACGCUUUCACUGCAUCUUCAGGGCUCGUAAAGCGAAUACCUCGAAUUUUAUCUUUAGUUCUUGGGAAAAAAUAAGAGUCGCAGGGCGCUAGGUCAUGACUGUAUGGCGGAUGACUCAUUAUCUCGACACCUGCUAUAGUUAAAUAUUCAACAGCCCGUUUUGCGGA